AUGUUUCAAAACGAAGGAGGACCCAGGGACUCGGAGGGGGAUUUCAUCGCUCCGGAUGACACAGGGGGCCUGCUUCCAGAGCUGGAAUCAGCCUCAGUUGCACGAGAAGCUGAGUUGGGAGAAGGUGCAGGCGAAUCAGACGGAGAGUCGGAAGAGCUCCAUGCUCCUCUCGUGCAAGAAAGCUCGGAGCCAGCAGUCUUGAACACCAAUGCCGAUUUGCUUGGCAGUGACAGCGAGUUGUGGGACCACUCCAGUGCAGGGACAAGCAGCAGCGGCAGCGGUGAGUCCGAGGAUGUGGAGUCUUUGCCAGAGGCAGUGGAUCGCAGCAAGAGGCAGGCGUUGAAGGUGCGCGGUGCCGGCACUGAGUUGGCCGAGCAGAGCAGACUGGAAGGAGGUUACUUGCUCCCAGCAGCAGAGGAACGUGAAGAACCCGACAACAAGGGAGAGACCGAAACGAAGGAGGCAACCAACGACAUCGAUGAGUUGCCUGCAGAGUAUCGAGCGGCUAGUCGGCGACGGCGUGAUGGCUUGGACAUGACGGCUGUACUGUCGAAGAAGAGGCAGUCGCAAGAAGAAUGCACCCAAGUCCCUCGAGAGCAGCUGAAGAAAGACCCCGCAUCGGCUUUCCGGCUAUCCUGGGAAGAAGACGACGAGUUUCCAAUCUUCUUAGUGCAGGCGACACUGGAUCAUGCGCAGCUCGAUAAGGCAGUGCUCCACUACAGGUCACUACCGCCGGCAGAAUCGCGAAGAUACCACUGCUUGGUGAACUUGGCCUGCUGCCUGGUGUCCUUGAAUCAGCCACGUCCUGCCCGGGCUUUGCUGGAGCAG